UCUUGCAUGUAAUUUUUCUAGACCUCAAGUAUGCAUGCGUGAUCAUGCAAUGUUCUAAUAAAUCAAUAUGUGAUCAAAUAUAACUGACAACUGUGAAUCUUGUGAUAGGUAGCAUUUAUAGAUGACUUUAAAAGUUGUUCUAUAAAUAAAGUUGGUCUUUGGGUUGUUUGGGGCAUUCAUCCUCAGAAUUUCUGUAAAAUUUGUAUAUUGGUCUGCAUAGAGAAGUAUAUGAUCUUAAAAUGAUCACUCUCUCGAAAAAACUGAAGUCAGGCUCCGCUGGUGCAACAGCUCAGUCAAGUCAACGAAGGAUUUCCAUUCGUGAUCAACUACUAAUUAAAGAUGUGAGUGAGAUGCAGGACAACUUACCAGAAGGUUGUUCCGUUGAUUUUCAAGACCCUGACCAACUACACACAUUUACCCUGACUGUGGCGCCAUCAGAAGGCUUGUGGAGGGGAGGCAAAUUCCACUUCAGUGUGGUUGUUCCUGAUGAGUAUAAUAAUGUUCCGCCUAUAGUUCGGUGCGAGACGAAGCUGUGGCACCCCAACAUCAGCGAAGACGGCGACAUUUGUUUAUCAUUGCUACGUAAGAAUUCCAUAGACGGGUUAGGCUGGGCACCGACGCGCCGACUCAAAGAUGUAAUAUGGGGACUAAAUAGCUUAUUUGCGGAUCUCUUGAAUUUUGACGACCCGCUAAAUCUAGAAGCUGCCAACCAUUACCAGAAAGACAAAGAAUCUUUUAAGAGAAAAGUGCGUCAGUAUAUAGACCUCAAUAACAAGCAAUGAUGAGCGGUCGCUUCGCAUGCGAUCUAUCAACUCAGUCAUAGAUGUAGGCACUAAAACUCUUAUACAAAAAUAUCUGUGUUAUCCCUUACUGUGCGUCUUUUUCCGUUGCGUUGCCAAGAAGUGAAGUUUUAUUCACUUCUUGUUGUGGAAUGUUACAUGAAGUAUUGUCAGGAUUCUCCCUCUUUAUCAUGAACCGAUUUUCUACAUGACAAUGCCCUUCUAAGGUUGCGUUUCCAAAAUCUAACACUGGCAUUUUUUCACGAUGUCAUGGUGGCCAAUAUGAGGAUAGAAUGUUAAUAACCUUUUUAGAGGUCGGAUAACGUAUAAUGAGGUACAAAAAUGGCAAUGCAAUCUCGAUUCAAACCCUAUUCUUCUCAUGAACUCAGCCUGCCUAUCGUAAAUACUAAAUCGAAUUUGUGAUAUUUGUAGAAAUUAAGGUCAAGCUUACCAUAACAGUUGUCAUUUGCCUAUUUAGCGACUGAGUUUAGUUUUUAACUUGAUAUUAAUAUGUCAGUGUUGCAUUUA